AUGCCAAGCACAACUUACUUGAAUUCCUGCUGUUGGCUCUUCUCAACACAAAAUUGCAUAUCCUCAUCGCUGAAUCGAAACAGAGCAUUAAAAAAAAAAAAUGUUCCAAAAGCUCAUCAAUUAACUUCUGAAUUCCCCUUACCCAUGAAUAUACUAUCAAUUAAAUUCAAUAAUCUUUAUAGCAAUAACCUACGAAUAUUUGUGCGAAACAAGUCUAAGCAGAAUGUACGGAAAUAUAUUGAUCUGGUCAGUAACGAUACGUACGCUAACAAGAGACGACAGAGUUUAUUCAAAUCUCGAGCAGCAUUCAAACUUGAAGAAAUAGAUAAAAAAUACAAAAUCUUCACCAAGAAAACCAAAAAUAUCGUCGAUUUGGGGUUUGCACCAGGAGCAUGGACACAAUUUGCGGUUCACCGACUAGAAGAACAGGAUCAGCCACACAAGAUACUUGGAGUGGAUAUCAACUUGGCAACUCCAGUUAAAGGAUGUCAUUACAUGCAAGGAGACAUUAUGAAUAAAUCUACCCAUGCCAAGAUUAGAACAUUUUUUGAAAAGCUGAGGUUUCAAGAGUCUCAAAACAGUCAAAUAGACACCAACAGCAAUGAAGAAAAGCAACUUGAUUUGAUUAUGAGUGAUAUGAUGGUGGACUGUACAGGAAGUGGGCAAGUGGAUCAUAUAGGUAACAUGGAACUUUGUACAGCAGCACUAUAUUUAGCAUAUCUGGAAUUGAGAUCAGAAAAAGAUAUGAUACUAAAAGUUUGGCUGGGUCUGGAAUUGAAAUUAUUUGAAGCAAGAAUGAACAUGAUGUUUAAAAAAGUCAUUCACAUAAAGCCUGAUGCAAGUAAAGAUAGACUGAGCGAGUUGUAUAUGGUUGGACGGCGUAAGAUUGACUUGGAAAGUAAAGGAAUUACAUUUGAUGAUGUCCUCAAUGCUACAAAUCCUGGAGAACGGAUAUCGUAA